GUUCACAUCAUAAGUUGACUUCAAUGGCGUUCGGGUUCGGGGUUAAGUUCGGGAUCAAGUUCGAUCACGAACCCGGACUUUUUUUCAAAGUUCGGCCGAACCCGCUGGACCCGAACUUCCAGGUGUCCGCUCAACUCUAACUACAAGCAAAUGUGAAGAUGAUUUGUCAUUUAAAUGUUUAAUAAAAGCAAACAUUCAGGUUUCCCAGUGUAUGAGUCACGUUUGACAAGUUUCAUCCUCUAUUUCUUUGCAGUAACCCUAAAAAAUACAACUGCUGAUUCUGUAAUUGAAGGAUUCUUGAUCCAAGCUCGCGAUGGAAGCAGUACUACCCCAAUUGGUUCUUUUCAGGUCAGCGGAAAUGAUGUGCAGAUGCUAACUUGCACCACUGCAGCGGUACGUCCUUAUACUUUCUAUAUGACAAAAAAUAGUUUUUUGCAUUUCCCUUCCUGUAGUGGUACCCAAUGACCUCGGCAUGCCUGGUCCUUUGCUCAUUAUCAAUAUUAUUUUAUUUUCUCCCCACUGCUUUGGUAAGUCUUUACUGCACCAGUGCAGGAUAUACAUUAACUGUGGCAAUAUAAUCCAUAGGCAUCAAGGUCAUGUGACUUUACAAGCUCAUGAUGCACCUGGAGUCAUCCAUAAGUAAACGGUCCUAGGCUUUUUUUGUAGGAACCAGUAGGCUAAAUAUAUUGGACAUGGGUUACAUUUAUUGACAAACCAUUUAAUUGUAGAUUAUACUAGCUUUAGUGUAACUAUAAUCUUAAUUUUAUUAAUGACAGGAGGCAAAUAUUUGCUUAAGUCUCUCUUUACUAGAACUCCACAGCAGCACAUUAACAUAGAGAGAAAAACACCAGAGACAAAAAAACUCAGGAAUCCAUAAAAGGCUUCUCCCAACCAACUAAUUCUUCUUUCACGCUACAACAAAAUAAAGUACAUGAACGAUACACCACAAAUACAAUAACAAGAGAAACAACAUAAGAUAACGAUGAAUGCCAUCCAAAAUUGGAAACGUGGAAACAGUGGAUGAAGCCUUGACCUUUAUCCUGUAGAGUAGUCGGAUCUAAGAACUGUAGCCGAACCAUUAAACUGAAACGAGAUAAACAGUCGAAAACACUGAUUAGCGAAUAAAAUGUACUGAAAAAAACAUGAAUCCCCAUCGUCAAUACUGACAGUAUAAUAUCCCAGAUACCGAGAAAACAUGAAUCCCCAUCAUAACAUACAGACGGUACCAUAUCCCAGAUAAACCCCAACUCCCCAUAUUAACAAACCUAGCCCAGGAGACCAGGAAUAAACAAAAGUCAGUCAAAUCAACAAACCAGGGAAGGGAGAAACUGGGAGGGAAAUAGUCGCCUCCUGUCACUAAUAAAAUUAAGAUUAUAGUUACACUAAAGCUAGUAUAAUCUACAAUUUUAUAACAUGACAGGAGGCUUCAUAUUUGCUGUUUUAACACUCGGACAGCAAAGCCCAAAGAAACACGAUCCGCAGUACCAACCUAACGUAGCGAAGAUAGUUCCCGUAACCGGCAGGAAAAUGUACAAUGUCUUGGAGAAAAACGCCUGCCAUGACAGCGCCUGAAGAUGCCGAGUACCGACUGAAAUGAACCGAAAGGAAACUAAAGUAAAAUGCCCGCAAGGAGAGCAGGGAAAAAUGGAGGGAGAAGGGUGGAGGAAGGCACCUAUACAGACCAGACAGAAAAAGGGGGGGGGGGGAGGUAGAAAGAGCAGGCAAGAAGAAAACACCCGCAGAAGGCACAAUAGAUGACUUCACCUCAUGAAAUAAAUCCCAAAAUCAACACACUAUCAAAUCAUGAAAAUCAAAUCAUACAAUCAAAUCAUGGAAUUUAAGUCAUACAAUUAAAUCAUUAACCUCAAAUCCUAAAAGCAAGUUAUACAAUCAAAUCCUGAAAUCAAAUCAUGAAAACUAAAUCAUACAAUUAAAUCAAAUCUUAAAAACAAAUCAUAAGAUCAAAUACAAGUAAAAGUAUAUAUCCCACAGCCACCCAUAUAAAACAGGAGGCAGUGGUACUCUGACCUGUACUGACUGCGGAGCAGCAAAGAAAGAGGAAUUAGUUGGUUGGGAGAAGCCUUUUAUGGAUUCCUGAGUUUUUUGUCUCUGGUGUUUAUCUCUCUAUGUUAAUGUGCUGCUGUGGAGUUCUAGUAAAGAGAAACUUAAGCAAAUAUGAAGCCUCCUGUCAUGUUAUACAAUUAUAUACUGAUCAGCCACAAUAUUAAAACCACCUGCCUAAUAUGAAGUGGGAAAUUCAUGGAUCAGAUUUGUUGUUCCUGCACAUCCCAUAGAUGCUCAAUUGGAUUGAGAUCUGAGGGAUCUGGAGGCCAAGACAACACCUUGAACUCUUUGUCAUGUUCCUCAAACCAUUCCUGUGGCAGAGUGCAUUAUAUGCUGAAAGAGGCCAUCAAAGAAACCCAUUGCCAUGAAGGGGUGUAUGUGAUCUGCAACAAUGGCAACAUCCACAUGAAUGCCAGGAUCCAGGAUUUCCCAGCAGAGCAUUGGCCAGAGCAUAGCACUGUCUCCGCCAGCCUGCUUUUUUCCCGUAUUGAAUGCUGCUGCCAUCUCUACCUCAGGUAAGAACACAGAGUCGGUCAUUCAUCUCAUAUAAAGGAAAUGUGAUUCAUCGGAUCAGACACCCUUUUUUUACCUUGCUUCAUGAUCCAGGUUCAUCAAUAAGUAUGGUUCAUGUGGCCAUGAUGCAGAAUCACAGAUUUUCCUGCUUGCUUCACUUUUGGUAGGUUUUAACCACUGCAUACCGGGACACUCCACAAGACUUGCCGUUUUGGAGAUGCGCUGAUCCAGUCGUCUAGCCAUCACUAUUUGGCCCUUGUCAAAGUCACUCGGAUCUUUUCGCUUGCCCAUUUUUCCUGCUUCUAAAACAUGAAGUUCAAGAAUUGACUGUUCACUUACUACCCCCUCUUGACAGGUGCCAUUGUGACAAUAUAAUUAAUGUUAUUCACUUCAUGUGUCAGUGAUUUCAACGUUAUGGCUGAUCAGUGAAUAUUUAUUAAAGGGAGUUUGUGAUGAGUAAUGCAUGCAUGAAAGUUAAUCUGUUAAUAAUUACAUCGUUAAUAUUUUCCAAUCUACACAGUAGUGUUUCUACAGUUAUAAUAUAACAGUUUUUAUUCCCUCCUCCCAUUCCACUUGUGGUUGACAGGGGUAUAUCAUAUAUGUUAGGGACCAAUGUAAACAAAAUUAACCCCCUCUACUGCUGAAAACCCCAUCAUCAAUGUCUUUCUUUAUGGUUCAGACCACAGAGGUAAACAUUUUAGGAUCCUCAUUAUCCUAUCAAGGUUGCCUGAAGCCAUUGUCAGGCAUAUAUAUUUCUGUCAUUAUCUAAAUCAAGAGUGGUAUUUAAAGGAAAACAUUUACAAAAGUGUUACUUUUUAUUUUUUAACAGUUUAUUGUAGUUAUUUUCUUUUUUUUAAUGGAGGCUGUGUGAGUCACAUCCAUAGGAUGGCUGGGGCUGUAAAAACAAAUUAACUUAGCUCCUAACUCACAGAGAAUUGAGCAGUGAGACUGCAGAGGCAUGAUCUAUACACCAAAACUGAUUCAUUAAGCUAAAGUUGUUUUGCUAGUUAGAAUAUCCUUUUAAAGUUAUAUACUUACUACAUUGUAAUUCCAUCUAAAUUGUUUGUUUUAUUCACAGAGUGCUGUGAGUCACACAUCAGAUAGCUCGAAAGCACAAGUACAGGUAACGUGGGUGGCACCAAACGCCAAUUAUACAAACCUUCUGUUCAGGUAAUGGAAUUAGAGAGAAAUAGGCUUAACACAAUCUAAGUACUAGGUAUACAUCCAUAUUAAUAAAUGUUAGUGAAUGUCGUGCUGAAAUCAGUCAAGUCAAACACAUUGGGAUACAGGCACAUAAAGCUGACAGAACUAUGCAUGCACAUCAAGAACUGAAAGGAUCAGAAGAAUAAAAAAUGUCCAAAUCUUUGGGCCUUUAUGUGGACCUGUAGAGCCUUACCUGUCUCAUUUAAAUUACUGAUAAAACACCUGUCCCAUAUUCUGAUAGUUUAAGUAUUAAAUAAGAAAACAAUGUUAUAUAAGUUUUAUGCCCAUUUGACCGAUUCUGACAAAGGUUGAAUAUUAUAGACCAGGAUUAGAGAAAUAUAAGUUUUCAUUUAGGCAUUGUACACAUUGCUAUUAUUUUUCAUGUUCCUUUUUUGUUUCCUUUCAUAGUUUUAUUUUACACCUCUUAACCCCUGCUCACUGGCAAUUGUGUAUACAGUAUUGUCAAGGUAUGCAUCCAUACCCUGAAAUCAUGUAUACACGAUUUAAAUAAAUGCAUACAUGUAAAUGAAAUGCUGUGAGCAUCCAAGAGCUGAAUACAGAGAGACCGACUCUCUGUAUCUUGUCCUCUGAGCUGCAACAUCCUUAUGGGAGAGGUAGAGGAGAAAUUAGGGGGACGUUUCUUACAGAGCUAAUAAUGCUGCACUGUGGCCCUAAGAGGUAGGCGGGGGGGUGGGGGCGGGGAGGUCAGCCAUAGCUCCUUCUCACUAUCCCUAUAUUCACAGAGAGCAUGGGAGCUGAUGAACAGAGUCAAGCAGAUAAUCGGAGGGUGGCUGAUAGAGAGCUGAGGGAGGGAAGUGUAAGGGUGCUGUGUGCUGUCAGCACACUGAUUUCCCUGCUCUAUAAACUACACUUCACAUCAUAAUGGAGCAGGGAGGUAGCAUGUGCUGAGAGACUGUUUGAUGGCUGUUGUCAGUCUUUCACAGCACACUAUCACCACUACACCACAAGGGUAAAUGUGUGUGUGUGUGUGUGUGGAUUUCUGACAGUGUGUGUGUGUCUGUCAGCAUGUAUAUCUGUGUAUGUGUCUGACGGUGUAUUUUGGUGUCGGAGUGUGCAUAUAUGUCUCUGAUCAUGUGUUUCUGUGUGUGCCUGAGAAUGUGUGUCUGUUUGUGGCACUGAUAAUGUAUGUUUAUCAUUUUGAAAGUUGUAUUAGUGAUUGUGUCUGGAAUAUCUGUGUGUGUAUGUGUGUGUGUGCAUCUAAAAAAGCAACAUGGGUGCUAUGAUGGUUAUAUCAUAUGAGCAACAUCAUGGCAAUGAUAUUAUUAUAAUAAUUAUACAACACGUAUACAACACUGUUUCCUUUUCUGCAACUUUAUUAUCUGGUAAACUAUUUGUUUUACAGUUUUUCUCUCCAACCAAAAGUUGUUUUUUGUUUCCAUGAAAUAAUGUGCUAUCUAUGCAUACUGAAACGGAAAAUACAUUUAAACAUUACUUUCCAGGACACCCAAAAUAUAUUGGAGGUGUACUUUUUUUUUCAGUAAAGUUGUUAAUUUUUUUCGUUUUUAAUGAAGGUACAAAUGUAAGACAAACUACCAUAUAUACUCGAGUAUAAACCGAGUUUUUCGGCACAUUUUUUAUGCUGAAAAAGCCACCCUCGGCUUAUACUCGAGUCAGUGUCUGUAUUAUGGCAACUUACAUUGACAUAAUACAGACCAGGACCGCCGGGCUCAUUACAAGCCUGGCGGUCCUGUUGGGGGCCGUCAGCGAGCUGUUUCUUACCUUUUCAGCAGCUCCGUUCAUCUCCCAGUGUAAAUCUCGCGACACCCACGUCGUCAGAGUGUUGCCACGGGUCACCGUGGCAACGCUCCAAGCGGCACGGAGACCACGAGAUUUACACUGGGAGAUGAACGGAGCUGCUAUAAAGGUAAAAAACUGCUCGCUGCCGGCCCCCCCACUGUGCAGCCCAUACCACUGGACCACCAGGGAUUGACAUAGCCCCCCUCACCAGGGAUUGACAUAGCCCCCUCCCUGCCCAGGUAACAAGCAGGGAGGGGGGCUAACAAAUAAAAUUAAACAAUUCAAUAUAAAAAUAAUAAAAAUAUUAAAAUAAAAUAAUAAAAAUAUUUAAAUAAAAUAAUAAAAAUAUUUAAAUAAAAUAAUACAAAUAUUUACCCCUUAAGGACACAACUUCUUUAAAAAAAGGGAAUCAUGACGGAAUAUUUCCGUCAUGUGUCCUUAAUGGGUUAAAUAAUAAAAAUACCCUCCCCCCACCCAGUUUGCACACUCUACACAAACACACAGACACUCUGCAUCAUAUACACACACACUGCAUUCACACAAACACAUACUCUGCAUUAGAUACACACACACACACACACACACACACACACUCUGCAUUAUAUAUACACACAUUGCAUUCACACAAACACAUUCUGCAUUAUAUACACACACACUUCAUUCACACAAACACACUCUGCAUUAUAUACACACACUCUGCAUUCACACAAACACACACUCUGCAGUAUAUAUACACACUCUGCAUAAUACACACACACACUGCAUUCAUUAUAUACACACUCUACACACAAACAUUCAUUAUAUACACACUCUACACACAAAAAUUCAUUAUAUACACACACACUACACAAACACACAGCAUUCAUUAUAUACACACACUGUAAAUAAAUAUCCAAAUGUAAUUUUAUUGGGAUCUAAUUUUAUUUCGAAAUUUACCAGUAGCUGCUGCAUUUCCCACCCUAGGCCUAUGCUCAAGUCAAUAAUAUUUUCCCAGUUUUUUGUGGUAAAAUUAGGUGUCUCGGCUUAUAUUCGGGUCGGCUUAUACUCUAGUAUAUAUGGUAGUUCUGUUUAUUUUUUUUUAUUGAGGGUUCUCUUAGUUUAGAUAUAGAAGACCAAGUGUGACAUUUGAACUCACAAUUUUAACUUUUUAAGAAAUGUAUAUAAAAACUAUGCAUUUUCUUGCUUACCAUGACAAUUAUUUGAAGAAAUCAGGUUUCUAAAACUAGCAAAAUAUUAUUAUAGUAAUUUAGUUAAAAUGGCUGCCCUAUAAUUAAUUUCUUUGACAACGGGCUUUUGAGUGCUACACUGUUGUACUGUAAUUCUAUUGAUGCCUUGCUAACAAAGCAUUUGUUGCAUAAUAAUAUUCCUUUUUUCAGGGCUACUGUUGUGCAAAAUGCAACCAUUUUCUGGGAAGGUGUCGUAAGCAACAAGCUCACAUACUCUGGAUCCCUUCAUCUGGUAAGAAAUUAUUGGUCUUUUAAAUUACAUAUAUACAUAGCUAUAUAGUAAUGUAGUUAGAAAAUCUCAAGUCUCUUAUGUUCAACCUAUCACCUUAUCAGCUAUUGAUCCAAAAGAAAGUGAAAAAUCCCCUCUUGAGAUGGUUUCCAACUGUGCAUUAACAGGAAUAAAAUCCCAGUUGACUCUGGAGUGGCAAUCAGAUCACCCAUGUAUCAAUAUGCUUCUACUUACACCUAUAUUACCUACUAUAUACCUUAUUAUAUUUGAACAAAAAAAUCCUAAACGUUUAAUAUGAAAUAUUGUUAUUAUACAUAUUUCUUUUUUAGAAUAUCUAGAAAAAUAUCUAGUUUGCUCUGCUUGCAAAAUAGCUUUUCCCAAUAGACUUCAGUUCAGGAUUUGCUCUGCUAAAAUAAUUCAGCCUUUUGUAUCUUACAGGAUAUACACAAUACAUUCAUUUGGGAAUAAUACAUUUUAUUAUGCUUGGUGAAAGAAUCUUUAACAAAUGCAGGGACUUACAUGUUACAGGCAAUGCAACAAGGGUUAGAUUAAAAAAAAAAACCCACAGACUAUCAUUAAAAUUCACUUAAGCACAGAUUGACACGGCAUCUGAUAAACAAUGCUGUAAUUCCAACAAAACCCAUGGCAUCAUUAUGUUCUUGACAUUACAUCAUUGUUUUGUUGGUGACUGUUCAGAAGUGGGCGUGAGUGUUAAAACCCACCAUAAAAUUGUGGCAACAUGUGAAUUCACGUCACAAUGCACGAUGCUCAUGUGGGUAAUGCAUUGUAUAUGAUAUGAACUUUGAUAUGGCAUUAAUGGUACCUGGGUAUCUACCUGCAAUGUAACCUGUACUAAUCGAUCCACAAAGGCUGUAGGUAGUCCAUGAUUUGCGCUGUACAUAUUUUUUUCAGUUACAUUUUAAUCUGUACCCAUUCUUGUGUUCUCUGAUCAAUACAACCAUUGUAUUAUUACUACAUUUGGCUGUCUGUAUUGCAGGUUCCUGCCUUUAGCCAGACGCUCCUGUGUCUCUCAGCUCUGUUCGGUUUCCUGUGCAUGCUGUGAUGGCCUGAGACUACUACAGAGAAUAAAUGACAAAUCCCAGGAUAUUCUUCUGUACAUUUGUGUAUAACAUGCAUGUGUGUUCAUUGAGAAAGAUAAUCAGGAAUUUAUCUUGCCAUCAAAAAUAUUUCCCCCUUGACUUUUUGGCGAUGUUCUAUGCAAUGUGUCACUUUACCACUGAGCAUUCCAACAUUUAAAGGGUGGAAUAUAUCAUAAGGGAAACACUACAAAGCUGUGGAUAACUUCAUACAUAAAGCACACCUAUAGUGAGUUAUUGAAAGUAAUGGCCUUUGCAAGGGCCACAUUAAAUUACAGUGAUUUUUGUAAAAGAUUUUUAUGAUUUUUUUUUUUUUAAAUUAGAUGCAAAAUGACUAAUUAGGUCAUGCUGUUUUUCUAAAUACAAUAUAUACAUAUAAGUAUCAUUUUUGUCUAUGAUGAAUAUUAUAUAAUAAAACCUUUCCUUUAUUUAAGAAAAACAGUACUGCUCUUAACCACACGUGACCUGUUCAUAGGAAAUUAGAUAUGUUAAAUGAGAAUGUUAAGGAUGCAAAGAGGGGCAAAUUGGUAAGCAAAAUGAAUAUCUAAACAACCAAUGAAAUAGUGACUCUUUUAUGGAAAAAAGAAGCAAGAAGAAAUCCCUAUGCACAAUUAUAUAACAGCUUUUUAGCAUCACUCCAGUGGAUAUUAAAGUGUAAGCUAAGUUGCCCCGUCAAAUUAAACCUCUUUAAAUCAUACCAAUGAUUUACCUUGCUGCUUUCAACUGAGACAAAAAGUGGUAUUCUUAUGAAAAGCUACACUCUCAUUAAUCUUUAAUAGGAUACACAUGG